UUCUGCCAGAGUGGCUCCAAAGUGGCAAUGGCAUUAACAACAGUGGUGUGACGUCAGUUUAUAUGCACUGGUCACAUAGACACCGGUUCAUUUGUUAGAAAAGCCUGUUCAUAAUGUUUCGUUUAGGUAAAUUAAUUUUGAUUUGUUUAACGUGUAUUAUCGCUACAACUAAUAGUGCAACAUCAAGAAAAAAUGUCGAAGAGCUCAAUGAGGACAAUUGGAAUCGAAUGCUGACUGGAGAAUGGAUGGUGGAAUUUUUCGCCCCUUGGUGUCCAGCGUGCAAAGAUCUAGAGCCGAUCUGGUCGGAUUUAGGAGAUAGAAAGCGAGAACUUGGCAUUAAUGUUGGAAAAGUCGAUGUCACCGACUCACCGGGGUUAAGCGGCAGGUUUAUGGUCACUGCUUUGCCCACGAUUUAUCAUGUAAAAGACGGGUUAUUCAGACAAUAUAAGAGCCCGAGGGACAGAGAUUCCCUCGUCAACUUCGUUAGGUCCAAAACGUGGAUAAAAGUCCAACCGAUAUCCAGCUGGAAGAGCCCAACUUCUAUUCAAAUGUCGAUUAUCAGUCAAUUUUUCAAAAUGUCUCAAGUUCUCAGGGCAAUUCACACCAAACUGAUGGAAGAUUUUGGCUUACCAACGUGGGGAAGUUACCUGAUUUUCGCCAUCGCCACAAUAAUCAUCGGGGCAAUAUUAGGAUUGUUGAUUGUGUGUGUCAUCGACUUCAUCUACCCACCGAAACCAGCGAAAUCACAAAAUUAUUCGAGAAAAGGGAAAGAAACCGGGGAACGCAAAGAUAAAAAUUCUGACGAUGAAGACUUUAUUGAGAAUGUGAAAGAUGACCUGGUCGACGAAGAAGGAAGUGAAUCGGGCAAAGAGCCAGAGAAGUCCGAGAAAAGCGAGAAAGCGCCUGAAGCAAGCGCUAGCAGUCCCAACGCUCGCAAACGUAAACCUCGCAAAGACGAUUAAAUAGACUCGUCAUUAGCUUCCCCAUCGAUACCUCCAUUUUAAAAAAAACAUAGGAACGCCCAUUUGGUUAGAGCGAGUCCACGAGACCGAAUUCAACUUCCUGUAAAGUUCGACCUCCCGGUAGGCUCUUACCAUACACGGAAAUACAUUAUAACGGUCCGAAUCUUCCAAUCUUUGAAUGAUGCCUACCUUCUCCAAAAUCUGAAAUUACAGCACCAUACAUCGCUGCUGAUUGUAACUCUUCUGGGCUGUAAUGAAUAACAUCAGUCGUCAGGAAGCUCGAGAUAUUUAAAUAUUCGGCUAUACAAAUAGUUAUCUGUGGGAUCGCGACGGUCUGCUGAUAAAGAUGCUCGGAUCGAUAUCGCGCGCGUAUUAUAGUCCACACGAUACUCAUUAUUCAGAAAAACAUAGGAUUUUGCAAUCGAAUUCAGGAUUGUAAUGAGAUUCAAUAUUUCCAUUUGAAUGUCAGGACAACUGAAUCGUACUGUAACAAAAAAUUGAAACGAGAUAAGUCGAUAAAUUUUCUUCAGUGUGAGAUAUUCUCAAGAAUUUGUAAUUUUUCUUACCCGAUUAAAUGUUGUCAUAUUUAACAAAAAGUAAUGAGAAAAGAUGAUAAAUGAAGAUUUGUAUUUGUGCAUUGCGUUGAACUCACGUCAAUUUAGAAUUAUUUUUGUUUACCAGAUAUUCAUUCCAACUUGAGCGACAUUUUUCGAAUAUUAUUAAUUAUACGUUGAGUAAUAUAAAGUUUUUCUUAAUGAAAUAAAAUUUGAUAUUUAAAUAAA